AAUCUUCAUAUUUAAACUCUAAUAAGAAUAUACUCUUGUUUUCUUGUUUUAGGAUUUCUCGAGUUUCUAUUCAACUUUCUGUUUGUUCAGCUCCAGAUUUGUAAUUUUCUUUUCUAGUGACGGGAGAUUAUGGCUUUUUACAGUAAAGACGUUGAUCCAGUAUUCCAUGGAGCGGGGGCAAAACCUGGUUUAGAAAUCUGGUGUAUUGAGAAACUGCGGCUGGUUCCAGUUCCAAAAUCUUCGAUCGGAAAAUUUUACUCUGGAAGUGCAUAUGUCGUUUUAAGUACAAGUGUGCUAAAAAGUGGGCCUACACAGCACGACAUACAUUAUUGGCUUGGAAAUGAUGCAAACGAGGUAGACUCAGACUUGGCAUCAGACAAAGCGCUGGAACUAGAUGCAGCAUUAGGGUCUUGUGCCGUUCAGUAUAGAGAAGUUCAAGGUCAAGAAACAGAGAAAUUUUUAUCAUAUUUUAAACCUUGUAUUAUUCCAGUUGAAGGAGUAUACACUUCACAGCAAGGGACCUUGAAUGGGGAUACAUAUCAAGUCACUUUGUUAACAUGCAAGGGAGAUCAUGUUGUUCAUGUUAAAGAAGUUCCUUUUUCUCGAUCAUCCCUGAAUCACAAUGAUGUAUUCAUUCUUGACACUGCAUCAAAAAUUUACCUCUUUUGUGGUUGCAACUCUAGCAUCCAAGAAAGGGCUAAAGCCUUGGAGGUUGUUCAGUAUAUCAAAGAGAAUAAGCACACUGGAAAAUGUGAUGUGGCAACUAUAGAGGAUGGAAAAUUGGUUGGCGACUCCGAUGUUGGUGAAUUCUGGAGUUUAUUUGGUGGUUAUGCACCAAUUCCCCGGGACUCAGCUUUGGGUGGUCCUCAACAUGUUGAUAGUCCUGUAAUAUUAUACUGGAUAAAUCUUCAGGGUAAACUAUCUCAAAUUGGAAGUGAUUCAUUGGACAAAGAUAUGCUUGAGAAAGACAAGUGUUAUAUGCUAGAUUGCGGUUCUGAAGUUUUUGUCUGGAUGGGAAGAACCACCUUAAUAACUGAACGAAAGUCAUCAAUUUCAGCUGCAGAGGAUUUCCUCAGAAAACAAGACAGGUCAAAUGGGACUCAUCUAACAUUUUUAACUGAGGGAUUAGAAACUUCGAUUUUUAAAUCCUACUUCAACAGUUGGCCUCAAACUGUGGACACCAAGCUGUAUGAUGAAGGGCGAGAAAAAGUGGCAGCAAUUUUCAAGCAUCAGGGUUAUGAAGUGAAGGAGCUUCCUGAAGAGGACACCUGUUCUUAUAUAAAUUGCAGAGGCACACUAAAAGUUUGGCGAGUAGAUGGUCACGAACUGGUUCUAAUUCCAGCUCCAGAACAGACUAAACUCUACAGUGGGGAUUGUUAUAUUGUGCAGUAUACAUAUCCUGGAAAUGAAAGGGAUGAGAGUUUAUUUUAUGCAUGGCUUGGUCAUGGAAGUGUACCGGAAGAUAGAGCUGAUGCUAUCUUCCAUAUGGAUGCUAUUGUUGAUUCAGCUAGAGGGGAUCCAGUAAUGGCUCAGGUUGCUCAAAAUAAGGAGCCACUUCAGUUUUUCCUUAUUUUCCAGACAUUAAUUGUCUAUAAGGGAGGUAUUAGUGCUGGAUACAAGAAGUUUAUUGCUGAAACAGGUCUUGAUGAUGAUACCUAUGAUGAGAGAAAGACAGCUCUUUUUCGAGUUCAAGGAACGAAUCCAGAAAACAUGCAGGCUAUCCAGGUCGAUCAGAUUUCAAGCUCCCUGAAUUCAUCCUACUGUUACAUACUGCAAAGUGGAAAUUCUGUCUUCACUUGGAUUGGGAAUCUCACAUCAAGCAAAGAUCAUGACCUUCUUGAUAGAAUGGUCGAACUCAUUAAUCCAGCAUGGCAACCCAUAUCAGUGAGGGAAGGAAGCGAACCUGAUAGUUUCUGGAGUUCACUUGGUGGAAAGUCAGAGUAUCCAAGAGAAAAGGAGAUGGAAAAAAUUAUAGAAGAUCCAUAUUUGUUUAAGUUUAUUUGUUCUGAAGGUGAUUUCAAGGUUAAAGAGAUAUACAGCUUCGAUCAAGAUGAUUUAACCACUGAAGAUGUAUUAGUGCUAAACUGCCAUAAAGAAAUAUAUGUUUGGAUUGGACGCCACUCAUCUAUUAAGUCAAAGCAAGAAGCCCUUAACUUGGGUCUGAAAUUCCUUCAAACAGACAUUCUGGAAGAACAACUUUCUUUGGAGACUCCAAUAUAUGUUAUUACAGAAUGCCAUGAACCACCAUUUUUCACUUGUUUUUUUGAAUGGGAUCCCUCAAAGGCAAAUAUGCAUGGCAAUUCGUUUGAGCGGAAACUUGCUACCUUGAAGGGAAAAACAUCAAGUGGAUCUGCACCCUCAAGAAAUAAACUGAAACCACGCUCCAGGGAAGCUACUCCUGAUGGUUUAAGAAGCAGAUCUACCAGUUCAAAUGGAUGGGAAAGAAGUUUUUCUCCAGCAUCAACAGGUUCACAUUUGAAGUUUUCUGACAACCACAAUGUAUCCAGCCCAACUCCAGUUGCCAGGAAGCUCUUUACCGAAUCCUCUCUUUAUCAAGAUUCUCCUGUAGUAGAGUCAAGCUUCCCUUCAAUUAAUGAAAACUCAAACCAGAUUGAUGCAAGUGAGACUAGUGUGAAUUCAUUGAUAUAUCCUUAUCAAAGAUUGACAGUGUCGUCAACUGAACCAGUUUCAGGCAUAGAUGUGACCAAAAGAGAGGCGUACUUGUCCGAGGAAGAGUUUGCAGAAAAAUUUGGCAUGGCUAAGGGAGCCUUCUAUAAGCUACCAAAAUGGAGACAAAACAAGCUCAAGAUGACAGUCGAUCUCUUUUAAUCCGCACAAUAGCUCCUGCCUAAGUCCUUUAUAUUAGAUGGAAUGAACCCCUUACCGGCCAGUUAUGUUCCAAAAAUUACAUCUAAUCUCUGGUCAGUUCCCUGAGCUUAAUCUAUAAUGGUCUCUGUUUAUGCUUCUUCUGGAAAAGCAAAGUGAUGAACAGUGGUUUGCUAUAGUUUUUGAAGCCAUAUAAGUUGAUCCUAUGUUUUUAUCUAGGUUUAGUAAGAUUGAUACUAGGCGUGACAAGCUUGAGAUCAGGUGUUUGUUUCAUUUAGCAGAUAAUCAACAAUUUCACUGUUUU